UUGUCCAUUCCCAAACCAAUGAGUCAUGAAUGUGCGAGGAAACGAAUAGUAAAGGGAAAGGUAAAAGAGAACCAAUAGAAUCGCGUUGAAAGAGGAAAGAAACAGAAAGGUGGUCUCAGUCUCACACAACACGCAUCCAAUUUCAUCUUCUCCCUCUCUCCGUCCGAUCCUCAAUUCCACCACUCCGAUGGGUAUUUCGUGGAGUGGCAGCAGAAGAAGAAAUAAUUACAUCCAAAACCCACCCCCACUCCCGCCCCCUUACUUUUACUCUACAGAAUCCCACCCCCCUACUCUCCUUCCUCCGCCGCCGCCGCCGCCGCAAAAUUACUUCCCUCCUCCGCACUGCACCAACUACGGCGCUCCCCCACCCUUGCCGCCACCGCCGCAGACCCACUCGAUUUCGUUCUACUACUCCAACCCCAACGGCUACACCGCCAAUCGCGUUCCCUUCCAGCCCUUCUACCAGCCUCAGCCCGGCGCAUGGCCCGCCGCCCGUCCUUCCUCCUCCUCCUCUCCGCCGCCCUAUGUGGAUCACCAGACGGCGAAGAAGAUAAAGAACUACGUUAAUGUCCAUAAAGAUACCCUGCGCCUCGAGGUUGACGAGGACAAUCCCGAUCAUCAUCUCAUUUCCUUCGUUUUCGAUGCUCUCUAUGAUGGCAGCAUUACUAUCUUCUACUUUGCCAAGGAAGAAGAAAAAUGUAGGUUUGUUCCAUUAAUUCCUGAAGCAUUUGAGCCAAUCAGAAUCCCCUUUCAGAAAGGAGUUGGCCAGAAAUUUUCUCAGACAUCAGGAACGGGAAUUGACCUGGGCUUCUUUGAGUUGGAUGAUCUUUCAAAGCCCUCACCUGGAGAAGAUGUAUUUCCUCUUGUAAUAUGUGCUGAAACAAGUUUGAAAACAUCCUCAGCAGAUGAAGCUCCUGGUGAUUGCUUGUUGGAUGCAUCCCCUCACAUGCAAAUAACCCAAGGUGUCUUAGUGAAAAGUAAUGGUGGUGAUCCUUUCCUGAUAAAAGUAGUUAGGCAGAUUUUGUGGAUUGAUGGUGUUCGUUAUGAGUUGAGAGAGUUAUAUGGAAUAGGAAGCUCAUCAGCAGCUGAUUUUGAUGACAAUGAUCCCGGGAAGGAGUGUGUCAUAUGCAUGACUGAACCAAAGGAUACUGCUGUCUUACCUUGUCGACAUAUGUGUAUGUGCGGUGAGUGUGCGAAAGCUCUGCGACUUCAAUCCAAUAAAUGCCCCAUAUGCCGUCAAUCUAUUGAGGAGCUUAUAGAGAUCAAGGUGUGAUUAAUUUGAUGUAACAUAUUGAGUAUAAAUUGGACAAGCAGAUCCAGGGUGUUGGAUAUUUAUCUUCCUUGUAUUAGCAAUAUGGUAACUAAUCGGCUAAUCCAGAGCUUCUCAUUUCCUCCCCAAACAUAAAUCACGAUGUAGUGGUAUGUUGCAAGGCACUGGUUUCGUUGGAAGGACCAAGGUACGGAUGAAAGAAAAUAUCCCACACAUAAGUGACUUUUUCCGUCUAAUUCUCCUUUGCCGGUUUUGAGUUGUUUAAAUUCUUCUCAGUUGUUUUUUCUCUAUUUUAUUCCAUCUAAAAUAUUUACUCCAUGGAUUUGAAGGGAAUAACUUGGCAUUUAAUCAUUGUUUUCAAAACUGGGUUGAGUCGUUUGUGCAUUCCGAUGCUAUUGUAUGUGUUUGAAUAUUAAUUUAAAAUCACGUUUAAUGUAAAAGUAUGCGUUUCAAUAAAAAUAAUAAAAAUUUAUGAGUGUGAUUUUAUUUAUUUUUAAUUUCAGUUGAGUUUAAUUUAA